AUGUAUCACUUUCUACGCGAAAUCGAUGUUCUGGGAGUCGAUGAAUUUGGAUGUAUUCCUGCGCAGCUGGUCACCGUGAUGGAUAUCAUUCUCAGGAGAUUGCGAAGAAGCCCCAGGUUCAUGGGAGGGGUGCUCCUGAUGCCUACUAUGGACGCGAAACAACUCUACCCUAUCAAGGGAAACCAUCCCAUGUUGUCCAGCCACAUCAUCACCUGCUUUUCUUUCUAUCGUCUUGAGUGGUCCGUCCGUGCUGCUCGCGAUCCUCCAUUAUUGAGAAUGCAAAAAAUCACGCGAAUGCGUCAAUCUGAGCUGACGGAAGAGAUUCGACAGGAAUUUGUUGCAUUGUUUGUUCAGCACGUGGGUCAUAUAGACAAGCUCACAUCUCCGGGUGUGCCUCCCAACGCAACAUUUGUGUUUGCACACCUUGAUAAUGUCAAGGAACCUCACUCCCUGGUUCUGUACAAGGGCGCCGUGUAUCAGGCUACCUUCAAUUAUGCAGGACGUUUCUCUCAGGCACAGCUGGUAUACCUCCAUGAAAUUCCCCCCCAAUCCACUGUGAAUGAAAUGAAGCCAUUUGAUGCGUACGUUGCUCCACCCGGCUGUCGUGAGGCCCCACCUUUGGAUGUUACAGUACAAACGUUGGUUGAAGAGUUGGGCUGGAAGAAGGUCAAGGUAACAAAAUGCCCGGCUCAUUCGCGGCACGUUCAGAGAAACACGCUCGCGCGUCGAAUUCAAUAUGGCUUGAGGCUCUUCACCAGUGCAACAAUCCAUGGAGUCAUGGGCCAGACUCUCAAUGUUCUCGUGUCUCAAGUAUCAGACGAAGAUCCUUUGUAUUCACUUUGGGAACGUGAACAGGUCAUUGUCCUUCUCUCUCGCACACGACGUGCUCGUGACAUGAUUUUUGCAGGAGACAAAACUCAAACGGCUAAUGCCCUUUUCAACGCAUUGUUCAAGGUAUCCCAAUUUUCGGAGUACAUAGAGCAUCUUCUGGAUCGUCUCAUCGAAUACCACCCAGAGCACCCUCGCCAUUCUUCACACCAACAAACUCCUCUGACUCUACGGCAACAUGCUAUCCACUAUGCACAACAUCCUUUUAGAACAAAGGACGCGGAAAUACCAAGCAACUGCUCCGGAUUUGCAUACAUACUUGUCUCUCAGGCGCAACCCGAUGUGACAUACAUUGGGGAAACACAGAACCUCAGAGAGCGACUCACUCUGCACUAUCAGGGAUCCGCCUGCUCUCAGACUUCUAUCGAGCACCUACGACCUUGGGGAAUGCUUGCAUUUGUGGCGGGGUUUGAGUUUUCCAAGAGCCGUCGAAAAAGUUUUGAAAGUCGCUGGAAAGCUCUGCGUGAUGCUCUUCGUGGGUCUUACUCGGCCCAAAAGGUGGCGGAGCUGGCUCUUCAGGUGAUGGCCGAAAGGCAGAGAGACUACCCCGAAGAAAAACUCAGUUACGUUCAAUCAGUUAUAUGA